AGCACAUUCUUCCAAACACUUUGACAAAGAGUAGUUGUUAGCUAAAGAUCUCAUUUCUCUCCACUUUUCUUCGUAAGGUUCUUGUUUCACAUAGAGCUACGUACUUGAAAUGUCGGAGAGAAAUGAGGAUAAAGGAAAGAGGAUCAUCAUCGCUGUUUCAACCUUGUUCUUGGUGGCUAUAGUUGGGACUAUCAUAUUUGGUAUCAACCUCAUUCAGAAUGGUUCGAAUUCAAAUUCAAAUGGAAAUGGAGAUAAUAAAGAAAUUGUUAGUACCAAAAAUGAACAUGUUGCUGCCACUGUAAAAGCCGUGGAAUCCCUUUGUCACCCCACGAAUUACAAGGAAGAAUGUGAGGAAAAUCUCAUAGCAGGUGCGGGAAACAGCACAACUACAAAUCCAUAUGAACUCAUCAAACUUGCCUUCAAUAUAACCAUCGAAAAAAUCAGUGAUAAACUCGCAGAAACGAAGGUCUUGCAUGACAUUGAGAAGGAUCCCAGAGCCAAGAUGGCACUGGAAACAUGCAAACAACUGAUGGAUCUUUCGGUUUGGGAGUUAGAAAGGGCAUUUAGCGGAAUGAGCGAGUUGAACCUGUUCACUGUUGAUAAACUCCUGAUGAACUUAAAAGUUUGGUUAAGUGGUGCACUUACAUACCAAGACACUUGCUUGGAUGAGUUUGAGAACACAACGAGCGAUGCUGGUAAAAAGAUGCAGGAUUUAUUAACCACGGGCAUGCAUAUGACUAGCAAUGGUCUUGGCAUCAUAACAGCGUUGUAUGAUACUUUCACAAAUUUGACUGCCACAAAAGUACUGGGGCGUCGCCUCUUUCAAGAUUCUGAGUCACCCUCGUCGGUUGGUAAUCGUGGAGGACUAAAUGCAACUCUGUUGUUGAAUAGCAAGCCUAAUGUGACGGUAGCCAAAGAUGGCAGUGGAGAUUUCAGAACCAUCAAUGAGGCACUGCAGAAAGUGCCCAAGAAAAACAAAACGCCAUUUGUGAUCUACAUCAAGGAGGGUAUCUACCAAGAGUAUGUUGAAGUUACAAAGAAGAUGAGUCAUGUGGUUUUCAUCGGUGAUGGUGGGAAAAAGACAAGAAUAACAGGCAACAAAAACUACAUGGAUGGUGUCACCACUUAUAGAUCUGCCACAGUUGCUAUUCAAGGAGAUUACUUUGUGGGCAUGAACAUGGGAUUUGAGAACUCUGCUGGACCCGAGAAGCAUCAGGCAGUGGCAUUGAGAGUUCAAGCAGACAAGUCUGUGUUCUACAACUGUUCAAUGGAUGGGUAUCAAGACACACUUUACGUACACGCCAUGCGUCAGUAUUACAGGGAUUGCACCAUUUCCGGUACCAUCGACUUUGUGUUCGGAAAUGCACUUGUGGUUUUCCAGAAUUGCACUUUCAUGGUCCGAAAGCCAAUGGAACAUCAACAAUGCAUUGUGACAGCACAAGGAAGAAAAGAGAAACAACAACCAUCUGGAAUAGUGAUCCAAGGAGGUUCCAUUGUGUCCGACCCUGAGUUUCACCCAGUGAGAUUUAAUAACAAAGCUUACCUAGCUCGUCCAUGGAAGAGUUACUCGAGAACCAUUUUCAUGGAUACCUACAUCGAUGACUUGAUUCAAGGUGAAGGGUAUUUGCCAUGGCAGGGAUUAGAUGGCCCUACUGGUAUGGAUACUUGCUUUUAUGCAGAGUAUCACAACACUGGCCCUGGUUCAGACAAAUCAAAGCGUGUGAAUUGGAAUGGGAUUUUGAACCUGAAUUCAAAAGCUGCACGUUUGUUCUCACCUUCCAAGUUCUUCCAUGGACUCGAUUGGGUUCGUGCUACUGGGGUUCCUUGCUUCCCUGGCGUGCCCCCACACUACAGACACAACAAGACCACAUUUAUAUGGUGAUCAAACACAUCAAUUUCACAACAUAACCCUAUUCUUUCAUUCUUUCUUUUUUGAUCAUUCUUUUGUUCAUUCACUACGCUAGGUUAGUUCACACAUUCUUUUGUAUAUAUAUACCUGCUCCAGUCGCGUCAUUCUCAUAGAAAUUUAUGUUUUAAUUUCCAUUUUUGUACAUUCAGAAUGAAUGCAGAUAAAUAUAAAGAGAAGAUGUAAUU